ACCGGAUUGUGUCCGAAACACUCGCUUCAGAUGAGAAAUGUUAACUCCCACACUUGAGAUCGCUGAAAGCUUGAAGCAAGAUCAAGAUGUAUCAGAGAAUACACAGAAGGAAGAAGCUACUAAGGAUGCGGCUGAAGAAGGAGAUCACAUACUUACUUCAGAACCCACAGCACCAGAUGUUCAACAUGUUCCAGGGGAUACAGAAACAAAUAUGGAGGAAGUUACAGCUGAAAUGCCCAAAGAUGGAGAUCAGAUGCCCUUUACCGAAUCUCCAUUGCCACCACAAUUAGUUGAAGAUGAUCUAGGGGAAACACAAACCGAUAUGAUGGUGCAAGAUGAAGUUGUAUUAGGGGCUGUUGAAACCUCAUCAAAGAAAACAACAUCUACACCCAGCAGCACAAUUGAACCUGUUUGUCAAGACCUACCAAAUUUAGACUUUCAAUUAGAAUGUCCUAAAAGUCCCUCUGUGGUGGAUGAGUCAAAUGUUGAAGAAGAAUCAGAUACGGAUGAAGAACAGACGGAACUGAUUGUACUUGACCCAGAUCAUCCUCUAAUGAAGCGUUUUCAGGAAGCCCUGAAGGGCCAUCUUUCAAAGCAGUUGGACAAGUUAACUCUGGAGCUGAGGGAAUUGUCAUGGCGAAUGAAAAAGCUAACAACUGAACGUGAAGAAACUGGAGUGAUCCUUUAUGGAGUACAACAAUCUCUUGCGCAAUUGCAAAUGGAGCUUGAAAAAUACCAUAGCCGUUGCUCAGCAGCUUCAGCAAAAAGAAGAAAGGCAGAGGAAGAUUUGGCAUGUGUGAGGAAUCUUUACCAAAUGUCACAAGCCAAAACAAAUAGUGAGCGCUCAAAAGUAUCCCAACUACAAACGGAAGUUGAAAAUGUUGCACUGCGGCAUUUCUACAUGGCCAGCUUACAACAGGAUACAUGUUCUGAUAUUAUGGUGAUGAAGCGUACCACAGAAAAAUUGGAAGCAGAAAAAUUACAGGCAACAAAGCUGAAACAGAAGCAGGACAUGUUUGUAGACCGUUUGGUAUCUCAAAUGGAUGCGUUGCAAGAACAAAUUGCAAUGUAUGAAGCCCAGUAUACAGCACAAGUAGAAGAAACAAAGGCAGCAAGGAAUACAGUAGCAGAGGCCAGCAUGGAGAUUGUGGCAAUUAACCUUGAGAAGAAGCAAUUAUUGGAGCAAUGGAAGAGUAGUCUAAUUGGAAUGCAGCGACGUGAUGAGGUCUAUGCUGCAAUGCAGGAAGCUGUCAGACAGGCAAAGCAACAGGUAGAAACACUGAAGACUGAAAUACAGGCCUACAAAAAAUUUAUCAUGAAGCAAGAAGAGCAAAAUGAGUCUCUCACCAUGACUCUGAACAGAUUGUUGAAUGACAUUAACAUGACCCAGAAACUGAUUUUGCAGAAUCUGGCAAAACAGGAAGGAUUAAAGCAGGAAUAUAGCACCUAUACUCGGACACUACAGGAGACAGAACGUUUGCUCAACAAAGCUACAUCAGACCAGAACGUGCACCAAAAUGAGGUCAAAGUGCUGCGACUACAAACGGAGAAGGAAUAUGCAACAAAGGUGGAACUGGAAGACAAGAUUAUGGCAAAAUUACAGAGUAAAUUAACCAUGAAUCAGGCACACAAUUACUUGAAAAACCUGGCAAACAAGCUUCGAAUCCGAAAACGUCAACUAGAAAUUGAAUAUGCAAGCACAGAAAAUGAUUAUGCUCAAAUAACUUUGGACAUAAAUGAUAGAAAAGUGGAGCUGAGCAGACUGCAGAAAACUCUGAAGGAUCAGUUCGAUGAAUUGAAUGAGAAAAACAAAGUUAUCUCAUUGAGUGAAAAGGAGAUUGCAAAACGGAUGCUUGUCAUUCAAAACAAACAGUCAGUUCUCAACAUGCAAAACAAGAAGAUCGCACAGCUGAUAGCAGAAAUGGGAGGGCAUGAAAUGAGCCCUCAAGAGCUUAAAAUCAAAACCUUGACGAAAAAUAUUGAGGAACAUAACAAAGACAUUGCAUCACUGCAACAAUUUUGGCUCCGACAACAGCAUGAGCUGGUUACGCUGACCCAAGAAAGGGAGCAGCAGACAGCUAACGUGGAACUGCAGAAGAAACAAGUCACUAUUCUUGAACAAAAGAAAAUCCGCACUGAAAAUAUGAUACAACAGGGACUAAAGGUAAAGAAGGACAUUGAACGCCACAUGAGGGUUCUGUCUAAUGACAUGCUGAAGCUCAACACACUUUUAACAAAGAACAACUCUGUUAAGGAUUCACUUGAGCACAUGAAUGUACUCAUGGAAAAUGAAUUUGUAAAAUCACUGAAGGAUGCAGAGCGACAAUCUAUUGCAAAACAACAGUAUCUGGAUCAACUGAAAGAGGAGAAGGAGCGACAGCUUAACAGUCUUGUGGAAGCAGAGCGUCAGAUUAUGCUGUGGGAAAAGAAAAUACAGCUGGCAAAAGAGGCAAGAUCAGCUGUUGACUCGGAGGUUGGACAGGGUGAGAUACGAGCCAUGAAAGCAGAAAUACACAGAAUGGAAAUACGUUACAGUCAGCUUAUGAAACAGCAAGAGCAAAUGAUUCGUGACAUGGAGGCUGCUGUUUCACGCAGGGAUACAAUUUUGACACGUGGGGAAGCACAGGCAAAAUUGGACAAGAAGUACGCAACUAGGACUGAUUAUCGUAACAAGAUACAGGACCUAUGCAAGAAAAUUGCUUAUGUGCAAAAGAAUAUAGAAGAAUUUGACAAAACCAUUGAAGAGUUGAGGAAAUCACAGCAAACUGUGUAUGAACAGUUGGGAGAAAAACAGUGUCAGAUUCAAGAAGAGAGAUCCACAGUAGAUCAGCUUGAUGCAACCAUAGAAUCUCUACAGGAAAAGAAAGGAAUGAAUCUCAACAAGAUAGUGACUUUCCAGACCCGUCUCAAACACCUUCAGGCAGUGAAAGAAGGAAAGUACAUAAAACAGUGCAGAUCUGAAGAAACACUGAGGAAUGAACUACAGAAACAAGAAUGUCGAAUCCACACAAUCAACACCAUCAUUGACCGUGUUAAGGAGGAAUGGCCCCAGUACCAGGGAGUGCUUCGUAAAGUGACUCUUGCACUAGCUGCACGAGGAACAGCACACGAAGGACAUUCAUAAAAGAGAUACUUAGAAAUUGAAGCAAACUAGAUGGUGGAAAGAACUGAUGUUCUAAGGAAACAGAAUAAAAAAGGAUAGUUGUGAGUGUAACUUUAAUUAAUUCAGUAUAACAUUAUAUGUCAUUACUAAGAUCAAAUAGGGGCUUGUCCACAGAUUGUUUCUGAAGAAAUAUCUUAAAUCGUUUUCUUGUGAAAGUAUAAGUUUAUGCUGAUGUGACUUUAUAUGUUCAAAUAAAAAAUGUAAUUUACUGUUGAUUAAAUCAUUUUACAUGAUUCAUUUUAAAUCAUUUAAUCAGUCAAAUUAAAAAGCAUCUAACAUUUGAGUGCAAAAUGUAGUAGAAGUAGAACCACAGGAGGGAAUGUAAUCUGGGAUUUAAUCAAUUGCCAAGUGUUUAUGAGGUGCACACAAACAAAAGGAGGUUGCAUGGGGAGAUAGCAUUACAUGUAAUUCAAUAAAUGUCAGAAGGAUAAUUGGGGGAAAUCUAUAAAUGGUACUGAAAUUUAGAGUUGUGAAAGAAAUGAUAAUUGGUUUCUUCAGGGGUUCAAAGAAUUGACCAUUGAUUGAUUGUUGUAGUAUUAAAAAGAUACAAGUUAAUGUGCUAUAUUUAAAUUAAUAAACUGUGUAUC